GACAACAAAACCGAACAAAUCCCCACUCCAUUACAAGCCGUAAUGCACAGCCCCCUACCUCUUUCUCUCUCUCCUUUUCCUCUCUCACUUUUCCCUCUCUCUCUCUCUCUUCCAAAAGCAUCUUAACAAUGGCGCUUCUCGGUUUCCCAUCCUCCCGCCGCGCCUUUCCCUACCUCCUAACGAUUCUUUUUCUCUCUUGCGGGCAAAUCCACAGAGCUUCAUCGGUUUUGCUAUCCGGCCUGAAGAACCACCACGGUAACCACCACCAAAGGAAGCCCCUGGUCCACCCCAACCAGACCACCUGUGCUCUGUUCAUGGGCACUUGGGUCCGCGAUGAUUCCUACCCUGUCUACCAAUCCUCUGCUUGCCCAAUCGUCGACCCGGAGUUCAACUGCCAAAUGUACGGCCGGCCCGACUCCGAUUACCUCAAGCUCCGCUGGCAACCCGCCAAUUGUGAGCUCCCCAGGUUCGAUGGGCUCGAGUUUCUGUCGAAAAUGCGAGGGAAAACAGUAAUGUUUGUGGGUGACUCUCUGGGGAGGAACCAAUGGGAGUCGUUGAUUUGUAUGAUCUCGGCUGGUGUGUCUCGAUCAGCGACCCAAGUGAGGAGGGGAGAUCCUCUCUCCACAUUCACGUUCUUGGACUAUGGUGUAUCUGUGUCUUUCUACAGAGCUCCGUAUCUGGUGGACAUUGAUUCGGUGCAGGGGAAGAGGGUUUUGAAACUGGACGAUGCGUCUGGAAACGGGAACGCCUGGAGGGAUGCGGAUGUGCUCUCGUUUAACACCGGUCACUGGUGGAGCCACAAGGGCGGUCUUCAAGGGUGGGAUUACAUGGAAUCGGGAGGGUCAUUCUACCAAGAUAUGGAUCGAUUGGUUGCUUUAGAGAGAGGGCUAAGGACGUGGGCCAGAUGGGUGGAUGCCAAUGUUGACUACAGUAGAACCAGGGUCUUCUUCCAAUCCAUCUCUCCCACUCACUACAACCCGGGUGACUGGAAUUCUGGGGCAGCGACGAAGAGCUGCUACGGCGAGACCGUGCCGACAAGCGGCACAACCUACCCGGGGAUAUACCCUAAUCAAAUGCAGGUGGUUCAGGAGGUGAUAAAUGAAAUGAACACCCCUACGUUCCUGCUCGAUAUAACAACACUGUCGGCAAUGCGGAAAGACGCUCAUCCCUCCAUCUACAGCGGCGACCUGAGCCCCGAACAAAGGGCUAACCCUGACCACUCCGCUGACUGCAGCCAUUGGUGCCUCCCUGGCUUGCCUGAUACUUGGAACCAAUUGUUCUACACUGCUUUGUUCUUCUAAAGUUUUCUGCUUUGUUCUUCUCAAGUUUUACUAGUAUGGAUUUGGGUUUAGACUUUCUGUAGGUUAUUUGGUAUACACCUAGAAAUUGGGGCAAAUUGAACCUUAUAGAUGUCUCUCUCUCUUGUAAAAUAAAUAGUGCAUUUGGGAAUUGGGGGGCUUGUGCUGUUCCUUUCAGAAAUAAGGCUGCUUAUUUCCAUGUUGACUAGUUGAAGUUUGAACAGAAUCACUUAAUUCAUUACCACUGAUGAAUCAACAUUUCUUUGUC